AUGAAUAAUGAUGGUGCAGCUGCAUUAGUCCUAGUGAGUGGAGAGAAGGCACUUCAACUUGGAUUGCAAGUAAUUGCAAAGAUUAAGGGCUAUCCUGAUGCAGCUCAGAUUGAUUACUAUGAAAUAAAUGAAGCGUUUUCUGAAAGCCUUAACGUACAUGGUGAGGCUGUAUCAUUGGGACACCCAUUAGGAUGCAGUGGAGCUCGUAUCUUGGUCACAUUGUUAGGGCUACAUGAUUUUGAUACGUGCAUUGCAAAAAAUGAAGAAGCUAUUCAAAUUGAUCCUCACUUUGCUGAGUGUUAUGGAAACAUGGCAAAUGCUUGGAAGGAGAAGGGCAACAUUGAUGUUGCAAUCCGCUACUAUUUAAUUGCUAUCGAGGUUUGUUACAGCCAUCAAUUUAGUCCAUAAGUGGGGUUUUUUUUGUGAUG